AUGUGCCGCGAAGCCCCCAAUACUAUUAUAGAGCUUGAACAUUAUGGGGUGCCCUUCUCCCGAACAUCCGAUGGGAGGAUCUACCAACGAGCUAUCGGUGGGCACACCCUCGACUACGGAAAAGGUGGUCAAGCGUAUCGCUGCGCCGCUGCAGCAGAUCGAACAGGCCACGCCCUUCUUCAUACACUUUAUGGGCAGUCACUGCGUCACGACACGACCUUCUUCAUUGAAUACUUCGUUUUGGAUUUGCUCAUGCACGAGGGCGCUUGCGUUGGGGUCAUGGCCAUUAGCAUGGAAGACGGCACGAUCCACAAAUUCAGGUCCCAUCAUACCAUCCUCGCGACUGGAGGAUAUGGGAGAGCUUACUUCAGUUGCACAAGCGCACAUACAUGUACUGGCGACGGCAAUGCGAUGGUGUCUCGUGCCGGACUCCCGCUACAAGAUAUGGAGUUCGUCCAAUUCCAUCCUACCGGGAUAUAUGGUGCCGGUUGUCUCAUAUCGGAAGGGUGUCGCGGGGAAGGUGGAUACUUGCUAAACUCGGAAGGCGAACGAUUCAUGGAGCGCUACGCACCAACUGCGCGUGAUCUUGCUUCUCGAGAUGUGGUUGCUAGAAGUAUGUCCAAGGAAAUACAGGCUGAUCGAGGCGUAGGACCCUUAAAGGAUCACAUUCACCUUCAGCUCAGUCACUUGCCUCCUGAAAUCAUCGAAGAACGAUUGCCCGGAAUCUCUGAGACCGCAGCAAUAUUCUCUGGAGUAGAUGUUACCAAAGAGCCAAUACCUGUCACCCCCACCGUUCAUUACAACAUGGGCGGUAUUCCAACCAAGUAUACGGGUGAAGUUAUAACCAUCGACGAACGCGGAAACGACGUAGUCGUUCCUGGAUUAUACGCAGCAGGCGAAGCCGCGUGUGUUUCUGUACACGGCGCCAACCGUCUCGGUGCUAAUUCAUUGCUGGAGAUAAUAGUCUUCGGUCGUGCCUGCGCCCACCACAUCAACGACAACUUCAGCCCUUCUACACCUCAUGCGACUCUUCCAAGCGAUCUUGGGAACACGAGCAUUGAAUUCAUGGAACGAAUCAGGCGAGUGACGAAGCCGGAGUCAACAUCUGCGAUAAGGCUGGAGGCUCAGCGUAUCAUGCAAUCUGAUGCUGGUGUCUUCCGAACACAAGACUCGCUGGACAAAGGUGUCGAGAGGAUGAGCCACGUAUACGAGAGAUUUGCGCGCAUAAACAUCAAAGACAGGAGCAUGAUUUGGAAUUCUGAUUUGAUCGAAGCACUGGAGCUCAGAAAUAUUUUGCAAUGUGCGAUACAAACAAUCAAAGCAGCGGCGCAGCGGAAGGAAUCGCGUGGCGCGCAUGCACGAGAGGACUACCAACAGGUGCUCUUCCUAUUGUGUCUUCAAGGGUCUUAG